AUGUCUGGAGAAACAGUUUUUGUCACUGGUGCAACUGGAUAUAUUGCUCAACAUAUUAUUAAACAAUUAUUAUCUAAAGGUUAUUCUGUAAUUGGAUCGGUUCGAUCCCAAUCUAAAGGUGAACAAUUGAAAGAAUUAAUUACUGCUCAUCAUCAAGAUACUACUGGUGAUGCUAAAUUUGAUUAUGUUAUAGUUGAAAGUCUUAUUGAACCAGGAGCAUUUGAUUCGAUUUUACAAAAUCAUAAAGAAGUUGGAGUUUUCAUUCAUAGUGCUUCACCAAUCCCAUUUGCUACUGAUAAUGUUGAAAAAGAUAUUUUACAACCAGCUAUAGAUGGGACAAAAAAUGUUUUAACAUCAAUUAAAAAAUAUGGUAAUGAGAAUAUUAAAAAGUUGGUUAUAACUUCAUCAAUUGCUGCUGUUGAACCAUUGGGUACGGGACAAACUGAACCUAAAACAAUUCUGGAAAAAGAUUGGAAUCCAAUUACUUUUGAACAAGGUCUUGCUAAUCCAGCAGUUGCUUAUUAUGCUUCUAAAACAUUAGCAGAAAGAGAAGUUUGGAAAUUUGUCGAUGAAAAUAAAAACCAAUUAAAUUUUGAUGUUGCCGUGAUUAAUCCUCUGUUUGUAUUUGGACCUCAAGCAUUUGGAAUUAAAGAUAAAUCAGCAGCAUUAAGAUCAACGGGAGAAAUCAUUAAUUCCGUAUUGAAAUUGAAAUCAAAUGAUCCAAUUCCAUCGUUAGUAGCAUCAUUUAUUGAUGUUCGUGAUGUUGCUAGAGCACAUAUUAUUGCCUUUGAGGAUGAUGAUGCUAUUGGUCAACGAUUAAUUUUAGAUAAUGAAAUAUUCACUAAAGAAUUGAUUGCUCAUUUAAUUAAAAAGAAUUUCCCUUCUUUGGAUAUCCCAGAAGGUGAUAUUGUUAAAAGUGAAGAAGAAAUUGCAAAUUAUCCUUGGAGAGUAGAUAGUACCAAAACUGAAAAAAUUUUGGGAUUCAAAUAUAUUUCAUUGGAUAAAAGUGUUGUUGAUACUGUUAAUCAAUUGAUUUGA